AUGUCUUUUUCAUUGAUUAAGCAAGAAGAUUCUGUAUUGAAAAAGUUGAACAGCGAAGCGAUAAAGUUGCCAAAUACUUCAGGAAGAAACAAAACAAGAUUUGUUACGGGUGAUAACGAAAACAUUGAGAACCACAAGAGAGUUAAGCAUCUGGAGCUGCCGUUGGCAUUAAAACAUUUCGCUUACCCACGAAGAACAUCGUUUGCGAAGAUAUUUACUAGAUUUGAAAUGGUUGUUGAUAUGAAAUCCAAGAUAUAUGCGUUUAAUAUUCUUGUAGACUUCACUUGA